GCGGUGAUCCUGCUCUCGGGCCUCAUGCACAACAAGGAGUUCCCUGACGAAUGGGACAGUGUGUUCAAGUACCUCGUCGAGUCGGCCAAGUCGAAGCGGCUUGACAAGAUCCUGUCCCUGAGCUUCGAGGACCUGCAUCAUGAGCUGAAGCUGUGCUUUCUCUACUUCACAGCCUUCCUGGAGAUAAACAGCAAGGCGUACCGCAGUACACUGGUGAAGCUGUGGGUAGCGGAGGGCUUCCUGGCGCCACGGGAUGGGAAGACGGCGGAGGAGCUCGGCUACAUCUACCUGAGCCAGCUCAUCGCCAGGGGACUGGUCGCUGAAACAGCCAGCGGCGAUGACAGCUUCCGCCCCUUGGCCCUCCAUGGUAGCAGCGUCCAGUCCUUUGCGCGCUCAGAGGCACAGGAGGCGAGCUUCAUGGAGAUGCAUCAGGGUGACCACGUCCCUGAGCCGGCCACUGUACGACGCCUCACACUGCACAACAGCAUGGAUCGAUACGCAGCGCUGGAUAACACGAUGCCCAAGCUGCGUUCCAUUAUUGCCAUCUUCCAGGAAGAGAGAGAGGCCACGGCUAAUCCUCCUAUUACUGGCUGCUUUCCUGCUUUGUGCUCAGGUAAGCACAACAUUCCAAAAUCUGUCCUGACCAAGUUGCUGAAAGGAUCAAAGUUCCUCCGGGUCAUCAUGCUCGAGGGCAUGGAGAUUGGCACUGAGUUGCCAAAGGAAAUCGGAAGCAUGGUGCAUCUCCGUUACCUUGGUGCGCGAUGCCAGUCACUCAAGACGAUCCAUGCAUCCAUUGGGAAACUCAGCAAUCUUCAGACGAUGGAUGUCAAAGACAGCUCAGUACGUGAGCUUCCAUUACCCUUCUGGAAGAUCACAUCGCUACGGCAUGUGACUGGUGAUAAGCUGAUCAUACCCAGGCGUGCCGGUGAGCUGAAGCAGCUAAAGACGCUCGACUCCGUGCAAACAUCGGAGGAUUGGGACGGCGAGAUUCUGACAAGAAUGGUUAACCUCGAGAUCGUGGAUGUGAUCGUUCAAGGGAAGCUCAAAGAGAAUGAAUUUUCACACAACCUGAGCAAGCUCAACUACCUUACCACACUCAAGUUGGAAGUAGACGGCCUCCCAGUGAACAUAUUCACGGAGCCUUGCCUCCAGUGUCUCAAGACGAUGAGUCUGACUGGGACCCUGUCACGCAUAGAGUCGUUGCCUGUAAUACAGCUGCCAAACUUGAACGACCUAUCACUGUCAAAGAUGCAGCUGCACAAAUGGUUCAUCAAAAGGCUGGGCGAACUGCCCGGUCUUACCAAGCUCUCACUGUUGUUUGGGGUUUCAUAUGAGGAUGAGGAAGGGAAGCUUGAGUUCCAGCAUGAUGGGUUCCAUUGCUUGCGAAUAUUGGUGGUAAGGGACACCCAUAUUACCGUCUUGAUAGAGGAGCUUGCAUUGCCUGCGCUACAAAAUCUGCAAUUAAUUGGCUGCAGCAGAGAAUUACAACACAAGAUCCAUCCUAGUCACAAAUAUGUCAAGAUGAUUAAACGGGAGGACAGAAAUCUAUUUCAGGACAUCAACAGUGACAAAAAUCUAUUUCAGGACAUCACCACUGCAAGUUAGUGUCUCUCCUCGGGAAAAAAAAUAGCACUGAAGCUUAGAACUAAGCUUGAGACACUUAUUUUGAGACAGAGGGAGUAGUAGGUUCGUCCAGGUGAUGUAUUUCUGUAGCUACCUCAUUUUCCAUCAUAUGCUAUUUACAAUAACUAGCACAGUGUCCCAUGCGGCACAGGAAACAUCAUUUAUUUA